GAAAGUGGAGAACAAUCUACAACGGUCUGGCGGGAACGAACAGGAACGAACAGGAACUUGCUAAGCGAAUAGGAGUGGUGCUCACAUGGGUUUCGAUUAUUUCUGUGUUCGGCGUGAGAGAUUACAGACGGAGUAUACAAAUCUCUUAUUCGCUUGACAAACUCCAACGAUUAAGAGAUCGACUAGAUCGACGGCGGAAUCUUGCAACGUAUUUCGAUAGAGGUGUCACGGAGAUUGGAUUUGAACGGCGCGAUUGCGGUCGCUCUUUGUUUAAAUGCACCAUCGAUUCAUAUUACGAGAAGCAUGGAAAACGACGCGAGGACUCGAAGAAGAAAAACGGCAGAAAAGUUGGACGAGCACCAGGCCAAACGUUCCAAACGUAUCGAGGAUGAUGCAGUGCAGAAUGAGGAGUGUACGGCUGGAAAGGUGAAAAAGAUUCGUGUUAAUAACUUUAUGUGCCACGAUGCACUAGAAAUAACAUUAAACGAGAAUGUUAACUUUAUCGUGGGACGUAACGGCAGUGGCAAAAGUGCCAUAUUGACUGCAUUGACUGUCGGACUUGGUGCUAGGGCAAAUGUUACGAGUAGAGGAACCUCUGUUAAAGAGUUUAUAAAAAAAGGCAGAAAUUCUGCUACUGUUGAGAUAACUUUAGUAAAUAAAGGAGACACUGCCUACAAGCCAGAUAUUUACGGUGAUACGAUUAUAGUUUUACGUACCAUUGGAACUACCUCAUCAUAUAAGAUUAAAAAUUGGAGAGGAGAAAUUAUUUCUACAAAACGAGACGAAUUGGACAAUAUUAUAACAAUGAUGAAUAUACAAAUUGAUAAUCCAAUAUCUGUGUUGAAUCAGGAUGUUUCAAGAACAUUUUUAGUUACCUCUAAGCCUGAAGAAAAGUAUACUCUGUUCAUGAAAGCUACUUUAUUAGAUUCUAUUGAAAAUAAUUAUAUGGAGGCUCUUAAUAUAUGUGAAGAAGAAUAUGAUAAAUUAAAGCAAUAUAAUGAGACUUUGUAUCACGAAAAGAAACAAAUACAAAAAUUGGAGGAAAGCAUACGUAGAUUAGAGGAAAUGGACGAAUCACGAGCAGAAUUAUCUAAUCUCGAAAUGGAACUUCAUUGGGCUACAGCGAUUGUGGAAGAAACCAAACUUAAUAAAGCACAGGAAACUUUAAAGAUGUACGAAGAUAAAUUAAAAGAGCUUCAAAAUAUGGAAUUGUCUACAGAAGCAAAAGACCAAGAAAUUGAUGAAAAUAUCGAAAAAAUAAAGGAAAAAAUUCGGGAAGCAGAACGGGAAGUAAUAGAUAGCACCGAAGCUUAUGAUGGUGCAAAACAGAAACAUAAGGUUGCUAAUGAGGCGUAUUUAAAUAAACAGCGCGAAUGGCGUUCUGUAACAAGCAAAAUAAAACGGUAUGAAGAGGAUGCUAAUUUGGUGAAGAAGGAAAUUCAAAAGCUUGAAAGUUGCAAUAAUGAAGAAUAUAACAAGAAAAAAGAAAUGAAAGAGCACCUAUCAAAGUUGGAGGAAAAAUUGGAUGAACUUGAAGCAUCAUUACGCACUAAGCAAACUGGAUUGAUGCAUUUAGAGGCCGAUAAAAUGCGACUUCAGCAAGAAGUGACAUACGCCAAAAAUGAAAUGGACAAUUUCGAUAGGCAUAUACAAAAGAUCAGAAAGGACUUAAAUGCUGUUGAGCAACAAUCCGAUAAUGCAUUAAGUGUAUUUGGACGAAACAUGCCGCGCCUGUUGAAGAGAAUCGAGGAGGAAUAUCAGAAAAAACGAUUCAAGGAAAAACCACGUGGUCCUAUUGGUGCUUUCAUAAAAUUGAAGGAUGCCGCUUGGGCCCCGGCUAUAGAAAAUUUUCUAGGUUUUGGCACCCUUAGCUCGUUCUGUGUUGAUAAUAGUCAGGAUGCCAAAUUGUUGAACAGUAUUAUGAAAGAAAUUUUCUAUCAUGAGAGUACUCUCCCAAUAAUAUGUAGCAAAUUCUUUAAUCAGAUACAUGAUGUUAGACGUCAUUGUACAUAUUCACCACAGUAUUCCAAUCUCUUGGAAGCAAUGGUUAUAGAAGAUCCUGUCGUAGCUAAUUCUUUGAUUGAUCAACGUGAAAUUGAAUGCAUACUUCUUAUACCAACAAAUGAAGAAGCUUGCGUGAUAAUGUCAGAUGCGACAAAAGUGCCACAAAAUUGCAAAAGAGCGUUUACUCUUCAUGGUGACACAUUCUUUCCUGACCCAAAUUAUAGAACUUACGGUGGAAACUGUGGGACACGUGCUAAGUAUCUUCAAGUUUCUACCAUGGAAGCAAUGCAAACGCUAAAAGAAGAACUUCAGGUAGCGGAAAACAAAAAGCAGGAAGCUAUCGUAGCAUGUAAUGCUAUACGUGAAAAACUAAAUCGUACUAAUUCCGAAUUAACUAACGUAAACACAAUGGUCCGCAAGUUAAGAUCCGCGCAAAGUGAAUGUACUAAUUCAAUUAAUGAAUUAAAAGAUAAAAUUGAGACGAUUGAAGGCACUUCUGUUGAUGUUUUCCGGCACGAAGCUGCUGAAAUAGAAAAGAAGAUUGCGCUUGAAAGUGCCGCGGGAAAACUUUUAGCGGAGAAUGUGCAAGAACUUCAAAAGAACGUUGAGUCUCUUGAUAUGGAAGUUAAGCGUUGCAGGGACUUGAGGCAUAAUUUACACACAGUUGUUGAUCCUCUUAAAGACCAAAUAAGGGAAUUGACACGAGAGAAGGAAAGGCAUCGGUACGAGUGUCAACGUUCUACUCGAAAAUUACAGGAUACUCGUCAAGCUAUACAAUGCGCAACGGGGGAAUUCGAAAUACAAGAGAGAGCUACAAAGAAAGCGGUUUCCGUUGCUACUGAAAAAUGUGCUAGAAUAAAUACUACCAGGUCGAUAAACCAAAUCAAAACUGUAUUGACUGAUUUAAAAGAUAAAAUUCGCGAAAUAGAAAAUCAGUUUGGCUGUGUGAAUGAAUUACGGAUACAAUUGUCACAAAAACAGCAAAAGUAUGGAGUAAACAUUGAGUUUGCUUCUAAAUUAAAGAAAAGUUAUGAAAAACAUAUCGAACGAGUUAAACAUCGACAGAAAAUGUUUCUCCAAUUGAGGGAUAUGUAUAGUGUUUAUGUGCAAAAAUCUUUCACUGAUAUGCUCUCUUUAAGACAAUACAAGGGCACUGUAGUGAUCGAUCACGUAAACAAAGUACUUGAUUUGCAUGUUUGUGCACGAGAUGAUAAAAAAUCUGGUAACGACACCAGAUCGCUCUCGGGAGGCGAACGAUCUUACUCGACCGUCGCGUUUAUCUUGGCUCUAUGGGAUUGUGUUCAGUUACCUUUUUACUUUCUCGAUGAAUUCGAUGUAUUCAUGGACAAAGUAAACCGACGGGUGAUAAUGGAUAUUCUUUUGGAUCACACUAAAUCACAUCCACAGAGUCAAUUUGCUUUCCUUACACCUCUAGAUACAUCGCACAUUCUUGCCGAUGAUUAUGUAACAAUUCAUCAAUUACAGCCACCAGAGAGAAGAGGCUUGAGUCAAUAAAUUUUCAUUUUUUUUUUAGUGUUUCAAUGUUAUUACACGUUUA